CAUUAAAGAUAAAUCCAGUUGAGCAACGGAGCUCAACGGAUGCUCAAGCACAUCAUAGGGAGGUUUUUUUUUUUUCCAGCCGUCCAAUUAAUUUUCUCAAUCAGCACGCGUGGCAAUGGCAAUGCUUCAAGUAGACAUAUACGAGCAGAUACUAAUAAGAUUAGGCGUUGAGGAUCUUAUCUGUUGCAAGAGUGUUUGUAAGUCAUGGCACUUUUUGAUCUCCAGUAACCGUUUUAUUAAAGAUCAUCUCAAACAUAGUUACAACGAUGAUUGCAAUAAUACUCAGAUUGAACAUCGGCGAGUUGCUAUAACCGGGUUAUCAGCCUCCCUCUUUCAGUUAGAAAUUGGUUCCUGGUAUUUUAGUUUUCGUCAUCGUUUUCAUCUUCUUGGCUCUUCAAAUGGAUUGGUAUGCAUUUCUAUUCAUAAUGCUCAAUUGUUUGUAGUCAACCCUUUAACUAGAGAGGUUAGAAAACUGAGAAAGCACAAUUUAUGUAACAAGCUCCGGGCGGAAUGUGAAGGGAAACCAGUUUUAUGUUUCGGUUUUGGCUAUGAUUCAUCCAUAGAUGAUUACAAAGUUGUAGUCGGUUUCAUGAAAAGUAAGUAUGUGACAUGCUUUCACGUCCUAACCUUGAAAUCCAAUGCUUGGACACUUGUUGGAGACGUGAACUAUUGUUAUCUUAGAAGCGUUGGUGUCUUGUGCAACGGGGCACUUCAUUGGGUCAUGAAGGAUCCAAAUGAGAAUAAAGUAAUUCUCUCUUUUGAUUUAUCUCGAGAGAAAUUUAAACAAAUCCCCCAACCAGAUGAUGAUAUGGUAUAUCAAUCUUAUAUCCGUGCCCCUUGCUCGAUUAUAAGCUUGGGGAUCAUUGACGAAUGUCUAUGCAUAUUUGAUCAAUACCUGCUUCCCCAAAAGAUUUGGAAAAUGAAUCAUUACAAUGUAAAGCAAUCUUGGACAAGCGUGACACAUGAUUGGCAGAUGAAGAAUGAUUUUGUGCACUGUUUGAGUGGAUUAUUGAAGCAUGAUGUUCUAUGCGACAAAUCCUUGUGUCAUGAGAUACAAUUGUGCAGGACUCAGGAUAUCAUCGGUGCCCCGAUAUAUGUGCAGAGUCUUGUAUCUCCACGUAUUCAAAGUCAUGCCAAACAAAAGAGAAAGAAGCAGCCAAUGAAUAACAAGAGGACUGUUAAGAUACUUAAGGGAGAUAUUACAGUUCAUAGACCGACUCUUGAGGUUUGAUAAUGGUGGAGAUCUCAAGUUGAGCCUUUGUUUAUCAUUUGGGACCAUGAUUUAAGAUCCAUGACUCUGUUGGUCUAUCUUUUUAUAAUUAUAUUUGGUUGUUGUUAAUGUUUUGCUUUCUUGAGUUUAAUCAUGUUGUAAGCUGUUACUUGGUAUUUAUCUUUUUAUGGUUUAUUUGGUUAUUGUUGAUUUUAUGGUAUUUACUUUGUACUUCUAUUGUGCUUCUGUGGUUUUAGUAUAUAAAUUAGUCGUGAAUAAAAUUUACCUUUUUAGUA